UUUUCAUCGUCAGUCUGAAAAUGGUCAUUAACCAUUCAUGUUCAACAUGUCGUCCACCAAUCAAUCGUAUACUAAUUUUGAAACUGGACAUCCGGUUGAAAUUCCUUCAUCAGAAAAGUCCCCGAACAAAACAGGAAGUCCAUUGCCGAAUGAAUCACUGCUCGCUGCUGUAACCAGGGCAUCAAUUUGGCCCCUACGGAUAUCGCAGAUCGCAGGAUUUUUUCCAAUUCCAAUUCACCCCCGGAAAAAUGGCGCCAAUUUGUCAGCAGAACUUGAACUUCCCGCCACAUUCUCUCUCCACAAGACCCCUUCCUCAUGGUGGACCUUGGUUCUUAUUGCGAUGGCCUUCUUCCCAAUCGCCUCCUUUCAAGCUGAUGCUGAGCGAUUUGACGAUUAUUCCGCAGCUUUCAAAUCCCUGGGACGCAACACGUUUCGAGCGAUUAACGUCUUGUGGUCACUAUUUGGCAAUGGGUGUCCCUUUUUAGCAAGAGUUGAUGUCAUCCUUCAACGUAAACGAUUUAUAUCCUUCUGGACAAAUUUCCUCGAAAUGUUGAGACAAUUUGAUGUUAUAUUGAGUGGAAACCAAAUACUUUUAUCAAUAAAAUUCGGGUCAUCAUUAAGGAGAAAGUUCUUUGGGCAUGCCUUCCUUAACUUCACCGCUUUCUCAAUUGGACUGUAUGGAGGUCUCUCGUUUGCGUUUCAGUACGAAGGGAAAGUAAUGGGAAUUUAUGUAAUGGGCAUUUUACAAGAUGGGUUCUUAAUGACGCUGGCAGCCAUGCAAGUAUUUGGGUUCACGCUGAUGCUAUUUUUCCUCAUGGUGUACAAUCAUUGUUUGGCAGUUAUCCUGAACAUUUUGGAGGAAAAGGGUGAACAAAAUCGGGACAACGGGGUUGAACAUGUGAUCAAAUUGUACAAACUGGUGGAUGACCAGGUUCAUGAAUUUAACGCGAUUUUCAACUACAAAAUAGUUUUGGAAGUAUUGUACAAUUUCAUGUCCAUCUUAUUCUAUGGAUAUUUUUUGAUAUUGUUUUCUAACUUGGGGGAAGGAUUGCUCUUUUUGAUAAAUGUUGUGAAUUGUAUUCUUCUGUUGACGUGGUUCGCAUGGUUUGGCAAGGAGUGUUCUGAACUAGCGCUAAAAAGUAGGGAGAUUGGGAGGAAGUUGGCGUAUCUCGGGUGUGUAGGAAACGGGGCGAUGGAAUUUGUUGCAGUGCAAAAUGUUGGAGUUCAAGAUAAGACAAACGAUCGGAAAAGAUGGGACUACAAGACGGCAAUUGGGUACAUACAAAGUUGUCCAUUAACAAUCGAGACUUCAAUUUUUGACGUCAAUCUCAAAUUACUGUUGUCGAUUUUCGCAGCAAUCUCAACAUAUCUCGUGAUCAUUGUACAGUUCCAAUCAGUAGAUCAUUCAUAAUCCAACUUGAGUAGUUUAUUAAUUGGAAUACUUUCGUAGUUUGAGGAAAAUUAAGUAUGAAUUUUUGGACUUUUAAUGAUUUCACUGAAUAAAGAAUUUAUUUUUUAUUGAUGAUUGA